UGAGACCAUAUAUACAUUUGGUGAAAUUAACGAACAAUUACAAUAAACGACAAACCAAAGUUAAUAUAGAUAGACGAUUUCCAACCGCGCCGCCCUUCUUGGAAUAGAUUGUAUUGUAUAUCUGGCUGCAGACCCUGCCAUAAGGAUACUCAAGUCAAAAGCUAUCCGGACCUAGGUCUAAUCAUCAUACAAUUAAAAUGUAAAUAAUAUACUUUGUAAAAGCCACACCCUGACCAUAGCUCAAAUAUUGCCAUAACUUUGCAAAUUUCCCACGCUUGCAAACCCAAAAAGUUGUCGGUUUUUUUUGCAUGCAAAUAAUAAUAUUCACCCUCCACUAUUAUUUUUCACAUUACCACCCAACACACAUAUAAGCAAACAUAUUCACUGAGCAAAAUGGAUAUUGAUGAGCCACACCAGACAAUAAAAACAGCAAUUGCCCUGGCAGAGGCAACAUUUAAAACAACAAUAUCGAAACAGCCAUUCUAUUACUUCGCCGUUGAGCUCAUUACAUCAUCAUCCGGGCUAGUGUCAGAGAUAGACAUUGACGCACAAAAGUUCCAUAACUACAUGACGGCUGUGCUCGCCCAGUGGCUGGGUGCUGUAGGAUCGGGCAUGUCGCUGGAUAUCCUGAGCUAUACAGCUCCGAGAGCUAUUGUUCGGGUACCAUACUGCAAGUAUAAGGGAGUUUGGCAGGCAAUGACCAUUAACUCAUUCAAGUUGAUGAACGGCGCCACUGCGCGGUUCAGCGUGGUGCGUGGAUCGGCGUUUUACAUGGGCGUGGUUGCCAGCAGUCGAGCAAUGUUUUAAAGUGUUUUUUGUG